AUGCUAUGCUGGGGAACUGCAAACCCAGAAGUGGCUGAACUGCAGAAAGCAGCAAACAGUGGGAACAGAAAUGAGUAUACUCUGACUAACACAGCAGAUUCAAGGUCUGAUAGUGGAAUCACUCGAAAGUUUGGGAACCUUUCAAAUACUUGGAAACCUGUCCAGCAGCAAAAACCCCCUGGUAACCGUAAUUCAUCUCAGCUCCUCAAAACAGAAACCAGCCAGACAAACACAGCUAAAGGACAGUGGCCAGUGAAACCUAACCCUGCAUCAAGAAGUCUGCAGGGUCAUAGUCCAGCAUACAAAUUUAACUAUAAUAUUCAGCAAAAUAAAAUGAAUGAAAACCAAAUUGAUUUUGUCCCAGAAGAAAAAAGUCAGGAAGUUCCAUCAUCUCAAAUAAAAAUUAGAGACAAAAGGAAUUCUUUGCGAAUCCUGUCUGCUGUCAUUGAAAGUCUGAGGCACUGGAGUCAAUAUUCUUACAAAACUGCACUGUUAUUUGAAGUCUUAGGCACACUGGAUUCUGCAGUCACACCUGGAGCUUAUGGGGCAAAGAACUUUCUUCUGAGAGAUGGAAAGGAGACCCUGCCUUGUGUGUUUUAUGAAAUUAAUCCAGCCAUGCAGAAAGCUUUUAUGGUAGGUGACAUAAUUGUUUUAUUUGUUUAUUAUGCUUUGAUGAAGGACCGUGAGCUUCCAAGACUAAUUAGAGGCCGAGUGCACAGGUGCAUGGGAAACUAUGAUGCAAAAAGGAACAUUUUCAAGUGCGUCUCUGUAAGACCAGCAACUGCUCCAGAACAGAACACUUUCCAAGACUUUGUGAAAAUUGCAGAUGCUGAGAUGACAGCAUAUGUCAAAACAAUGAAUGAAAUGUAGAAGUUGAAAUGGUUUCUGUAAUUUUCAUUGAUCAUUACUCAGAAAGGCUGGACAUGCUAAAACAUUUCCCAAAACUAACAGGGAGAAUCUGGUUAAAUAAUUGGAAAUAUCACUGUGCUGUGUUAACAAAUGUUAGUAACAAUGUUUUGUUUUCACUAUUACUUUCUUUAGCUUACCCAGUUAAAUAUGCAAUAGCAGGGUUUUGUUACAUAGUAGAUUAGACUUUACUGGAGAAAUUCUGAAUUAAAAUGCUAAAUUUUGCAGUAGGGCAACUGUCUUAGAAUUCAGAUUUCCAUUGCUUUUCAUUAUCUUCAAUUUUGAGAAAUUCCUUCAAUACCUGUUUCAAAACAUUGACUAUAUAAUUCUCUUGAGGAGUAUUUGGUCAUGGUUUAAUAGGUAACAAACAUCACAAAUUUCUCUGGGUAGAAAGUAAAAAGAUAGUCUUUAUUCCUCUUCAGUUCCAAAUAACAGGUGCCCUUUGCUUUGCUGGAUGACAAGAACAUGUGUAAAAGCUUUGCUAGAAAUGAACAUAAUAGGUACUACAUAAAGAUUUCACAGGAUGCAGCUGUAUCUACCAGGUGUUCCUUGGGUUCCCAUUUAUAUGCUAUCUGAUUCUUUUUCUUUUUUUAAAAUAAAUAAUCAGUAUGACACAUGUAUAAAAUAGCAACAGACCCUGAAGCUGUAGGAAGAUUCCUCAAGGACACAGAGGAAGUUGAAAAGAAAGAAUUAUUUGAAGGCAGAACCUCCUCGCCUUUGCCAUAUAAACACCUUUCAUGAGGGAUGGACCAUGUACAUGUUUAUGUGCCUUUUGCCUUCAGACAUUGACUUUCACAGGUUAUUCCUGCUGUUUCUAUUUCCUUUUCCCCUACUUCAAAAGCUUUGUAGCAGAUCUGUUGGGAGUUAUAAAACAAAAGACUUGUCAAGAAAAUAGCAAACAGGAUGGGGUUUUUUUAUUAUUUUAUUAUACAGUGUUGGCAAUUGGAAAUUUCACAUUUAAAAUAAUUGAAAUAUUGUAUCCAACAAGUCAAAUACAGAAAACAGUUAAUAUUCUAAAAAGGAGCCAGCUAGUCAACGCAGAAACACAUUAAUGGAAAAUACAGCUUUUAGUUACACUUAAAAAAUUAUAUAUUUAGAAUAAAACUUGAACCUGGUCCAGUAAGGUUUUUGACUUGCAACAGGAAAACGCUUUUACACAGUUUAACGCGCAGACAGUCUUUGUUUAAAAAAGUGAUCUGUCAGUGUCAGCACAUGUAUUGUCAGCAACAGCCCCCUAAUGUUCCAGUUGAGAUCUAAGGUAUGUGCUUUACUAACUGCUCUAAGAAUCACUUGCAUUAUCACCUCCACCUUCUGUGCUAAGCUGGUUCUGAGCACGGAUGUGCCAAGGAGAGCUUUGUCUAUCCAUUGUGGUGGUCACAUACACGUAUCUGAUUCCCUUUAUCUUUUAUAAAAUGUUAAAGUAAGUUGCACAUGGAAGCAUUAGCUUAACUCAUAAAAGGUGCAGAAUAUUACAGGAUGCAGAGGCUGAUGAUGUUCACAACAGAAGCUGAGGUUUAAGAAGUAAAGGAUUUGGUACAGCAGUGUUGUGAAUGGUAAGACUCUGCCAUAACAGUAUUUUAAAAUUACAGAGGAAGCUUCAACUCUGGGACCAGGCCUGUUAUCAACACCACCCCAGAGUUGUAGUCCCACUGAUUCCAGUUGAAUGAUUGAUGCUUCCAGUUCUGCACAUUGAAAGUUACAUUAAUAAGUAAUGGCAGGAAUAGGUCGUUUGUGUCUACUGGGUAUGUUAUGGCUGUUAAUAAAAAUCUAAAAUGAUUUUACUUUCAGUAAGUGUUUAGAUCUUUGCAAAAAAAAAAGUUCCUACUUUACACUAACAAAUCACUUUUUCUAGUGAAACAUUAAGUGAACAGUUGUAAACAUUACACAAAACAGAAAAAACCCUACACAAUACAGUUUAUACACACUACUCAACAUUUUUCAGUUGUUGGGUGGUUUGUUUUUUUUAACCAUAUUGAUCCUGUCUUGUAUAAUGGUUCUAGUGUAAAGGCACAGGUUGGUUAGGAAAGAAAAGCCUGCAUCUCUGUCUCUCUACUUCAUGGUGAUUAUUUCCUUUUUGCAUGUUGUUUGUUAUUCCUCACUUUUCUGACUCUUGUAUGAAAAUUAUCCACUUCAGCCAUUCAUUAAAAAAAGUGUAAGACAUUACUGAAAAGCACAUUACUGUACAGAAGUGACUGAAAUUUAUUCUUCUUACUUUAGGGCAUUCCUUCAACCUAUUUUGUUAAAUAUUUAGAAGAUUUAAUUUCCUAGUCCCUGUGAGCAGAAGUGCAUAGCAUGUGCUCUCUCUUUCUCGGUGCACUUCAUUCUACAUUGGAAUUUGUAUUUUCAAAGAUUAAUAAUGGAACUUGAUAAAUUUACGUGCAGAAUUUGCUCCUAGAGUGCCUGGAAAUGUAACAACAGGAAAAUUAUUUUGGAAAACAGCACAACUUUCACUGAAGUUUAGAAGGGUGAGGAAUGUAAACAAGACUGGAGAAGUCUUUGAUGUAUAUUAAGAUAACACAGUGAUUGUUCCAUCUGUUUGCAUUUUCUUGUACAUCCUCAACACGUCUCUGUCUGUCCCUUCACGUACACCUUCCGUUACAAACAAUAAAAAUUCAGGAAUCAGUUGGACUCAGCUAAGUGAAGAAUAAUAAAUUUGAUCACCUGGUUUGUGCCAAAACACAAAACUAAGAAGUACAUCUCUGAAUUAAAUAUAAUCUAUGUGAUUUUUCUUUUUUAAUAAAUAAUAGAAAAUAAAAGAUGA